ACUCAGGAACUUGUUUCUGAAAUGACUGGAAGCUUUCAACCUGGUUCUAUGUUUAUCACCACAAGAGGAAAGUACCAUGUAAAGAGGACAUCAGGAAGUUGUACUGUUUACAUAAUAAGAUGAAAGAAAAGAUCUGAAAGUAAAGAGACAGUAGGCAGAGACGACUCAAGUAGCAGUCGACGUGUUAGACAGCAGAAGAUUAAGAGAUGUCCACUUCAGAAGAAGAGUGUCCUGUGUGUAUGGACACAAUAACAAAUCCGUCUCAGCCUACUGCCUGCUGCGGAAAAGUAAUUUGUCAGACGUGCUUAGAUCAAUCUCUUCAACAUAGAGCUCACUGUCCACACUGCAGAGGCCAAAUAAACCAAGUAAAUCCAUUGCGCCCUUCUACAAAUAGACGGAGGAGUCGGCGCCACAACCUGUUUGGCGAUUCUUCAACAUUCAAUCCAGUAAGACCUGUUGGCUCACGCAUACUAAAUCGCCUUCAACAACUUCAUGCUGCUCAGUCGGAGUAUACAAACACUGCCAAUCAAGGCAGUCUGCCCAAUUGGAGUGCCUUGGCACCUGCCCCACAAAGUCAAGCCCCUCCCCUUUCACGUUUCACUGCACCUCUUUUUGCCCUGCCUGUGCCACGAAAUCGAGCUCAUGCCUUUAGAGGCAUACCACCUUCAGUGGCACGACUAAACCCCAACCCAGCACCGGAAAAUUUGGAAGCUGAGUUGGAUGAAUGGCCGUGGCAAACUGAGAUCCAUCUGAUGGAAAUGCAGCAUCAGCAACAACCUCAGAGCUCCAACGUGAGGACUUUUGCAUGUCCCUACUGUCCGAUUAAUGGGUUGGAUGAAUUAAAUCUACGUGAUCACUGCAAUGCUAUACAUGCUCAUGACAUCAGAAGUGUGGUUUGUCCUGUGUGUGUGGCUUUGCCCCAUGGUGACCCUCAGUACUAUAGCCGCAAUUUCGUUGGUCAUCUAAACCUGCGUCACUGCUUCUACACUGAGGAUAUAACUAACAUUCACCAGAGUGAUGAGAUCAACAUUCAGUGUGCCAUCAUGGCAUCAUUUGCCAAAAACAUUUGAGCCCCGUUUAGGCUACUACAGUAUAAAGGUGUUAGACAGCAUUUAACCCAAUAAAAAGCUCAAUGUGAACUGGAUUUAUGCUCGAAAACAUGCAUUUAUUGAUAUUAAACUACAUGUUGGUGUGUAAAGUGAAUACAUUUAGAUUUAAUGUGUUGGUUUAGCAUCUCUCCUCAAACUUUUCAAAUAUCUCAUGCAUCUCAGGUGUUGAUUCAUUUAAACUGUAUUCUGCAUAACCUAUUCUUCAGAGGAUCCAUUUGCUGAAAAAUAUUUGCACUAUGUACUUUGUAUUAAGAUAUAGAUUAUGUUAUUUUAUUGUCUAUAUAGGAUAUUUUUUUCCACUUGAAUUAAUUAAUGCUAUACUUUAUUUUUUUUAAAGAUAUUUUGCAUAAAUGUCUCCGUAAAUGCUUUUGAACUCAAAAUGUUUUGGGAUUAAGGGAGCUUAAAUGCUUUUUAGAUCUGUUUGCUUUCAAAUUCAUAUAAGUUGUUUUUGAAAUCAAAACAUUUUUAUCUAUAUGCAAAAAAUAUGCAAUACAUUAAAGCUGCAUCAACUAUGAAGGCUGUUUAAAUAAUAAACAGAUGAAAAGCUUUAUAUAAAAAGGUCAGAAUAUAAUUACUGUAUAUGUGUAAUGUAAUAUGUGCAAUAAAAUUUGAAUACUUUA